AUAGGACCAUCCACCUGCAGCGAAGCGGAGCCUUCGAUGCGAACCAAACCCGGCUGCGUCCGACCCGUCGCCACGGGCUACUACUACUACUACAAACGCCAACAAGGCCAAACCGGCACGGCAACCGCACCACCACCGCAACCGCACCAGCAGCGCGAGCCCGUCAAGCGCCAGCACCACCACCGCGCCCAAGCAGGCAGGCAAGCGCACCACCACCCACCACCACCACCACCACCACCAGGCCACCAUCACCCAACCGCAGCGAGCCGAGGGAGAGGAGGGAGGGAGCGGCGCGCUCCGGCCGGACGUGAGCGGGCGGAGAUGAGGGGCGGAUCCAGACCGGCCCCGGUCGCCCUGUUUCUCCUCGCUGCCUCCGGGAUCUGCGCCCAGUUCACCGCAGUGCUAGCUGGUGAUCCUAAUGAUGAUAAGAAAGCUGAAGCUCAGCCGAAGGGCCAUACUGGCAAAACAAUUUUGUUCGUCCUCCUAGGAGUGGGGGCUGUCAUUCUGUUGUCGUUUUUCAUUUUCAAGUAUUGGCAGAAGAAGAAAAGGGAGGAACAACAUGCACGUCUGCUAAAGCUAUUUGAAGAGGAUGAUGACAUUGAGGUGGAGCUUGGUCUUAGAGAUUGAUAUUCUUCAAUGUACAGCAAGAGUAUCUUGGCUGACAAGGUUUUGCUGGCUUGCCUUCAAAGCGUUUUCAUGUUAAUGUAAAGAAUUUGUUGUAUUUAAACUUGACAGACCUCCACAAGAAAGGUCUAUUGUACUUUAGCUUUAUAUAUGAUGAACAUCUCUGCGUGCAGGAUGCUUGAGAAUAGCUUUAAGGAGGAAGUAUUAAGGUUUGGAGAACAUUCUUUGAUUUUUAAAGUUUUCUGAAUAUAUAUAUAUAUAUAUAUAUAUGUGCAUCUA